CUGCACCUAAUCCUUGGACCCAGGAAAUGAUAAAUGAGAAGCUGAAGAAAGCUGAGGAUCUUGGUGAGAAGGGGAUGGUAGACGAGGCACAAAAAGCAUUAGAAGAGGCUGAAGCACUCAAGAAGCUCUCUGCCAGACAGGAGCCUGUUCUGGAUUUCUCAUAGUAUAUUGCUGCUCACGUUCGCAUUACUGAUCAAAAGCUACGUGUUUGUGAUAUUUGUAGAGCAUUUUUGAGUGUUUAUGAUAGGUGCUUCCGCUUUUGACCCGGCUAUCAUACCUCCUUGUCACCAGCAGGCUUUUGGGCCCAGUUUUACAAGGAUAACUUUUACAGCUACAUAAUGUGCGUCAUUUUCUGUUUUUGUACUUUUACAGCUACAUAAUAUACCUCCUUAGUAUGUGCUGACUGUCUAUGGUGGCUCGGCUUUAAGUGUUACAUUAGGCUAGGGAUAGUGCCUGGCAUCCAAGGUGUUGGUUGUAUAAAUUGCCUGAACUAUC